AUGAAAUGGGAAAUGCAGGGACACCACUUCACUCAGAAUGUAUAUGUGUUGGACUUAGAGCCAUAUGACUUAAUCCUUGGGAUGGAUUGGAUGAAACAUUACAGUCCAAUGACUUUUGAUCUUAAGGAGCUGACAUUGUCCUUUGAUAAGGAAGGUGAAAUUGUGUUGCUACAAGGUGAUUCACACACUGCCAAGGUGAGGAUGACGCAAGGGACAGCAGAACAGAGCUCAAACCUGGAUAGCCAUCUUAAACACCUAUCCCUUGUCCUUAACACCUUGAGAACCCAUUCAUUACAUGCUAAGAUGUCUAAAUGUUCCUUUGGUCAAGAUAAAAUUGAUUAUUUAGGACAUGUAGUUACUGCUAAAGAUGUUUCUGCUAACCCUGCAAAGGUAGAGGCAAUGUUGUCCUGGCCAGUUCCUGAUAACAUUAAGGCUCUUAGAGGUUUCCUUGGAUUGACUGGGUACUACAGGAGGUUUGUUAAGGGCUAUGGGAAAAUAGCAAAGCCCUUAACUGAGUUGCUUAAAAAGGACAGUUUCGUAUGGAAUGAAGCAGCUACAUCUGCCUUUGAGCAGCUCAAGGUGGCUAUGACACAGGCUCCUGUACUAGCUUUACCCAACUUCUCCAUGCCCUUUAUAUUAGAGACAGAUGCAAGCCAAACAGCCAUGGGGGCAGUACUGAUGCAGUAG